CGAGGCACAUGGUUCUAGUUAAGUACAUAAAUCCAGCCGAACUGAUAGGAUAGCCCUGGGACGGCUCCACACCGAACCACCUCCUCCAAGGGAGGUCGGGGGGGACUGCAGCAGAGAGAUGAAGGGAUAGCGAGAGAGAAAGAGAAAGCUGCCCAUGCGACGGCCGGGAGCGUCUGCGAGCUGGAUCGGGUGGAGGAUGCUGCGGCAGGUCAUUCGCAGAGGGCUCCAGUCGUUCUGCCACAGGCUGGGCUUGUGCGUGAGCCGGCACCCCGUCUUCUUCCUCACCGUGCCUGCAGUCCUGACCAUCAUCUUCGGCUUCAGCGUGCUCAACCGCUUCCAGCCGGAGAGCGACCUGGAGCGGUUAGUCGCCCCAAGCCACAGCUUGGCGAAGAUCGAGCGGAGCCUGGCGGGGAGUCUCUUCCCCCUGGACCAGUCCAAAAGCCAGCUCUAUUCGGACUUGCACACCCCAGGGAGGUAUGGCAGGGUAAUCCUCCUCUCCCCACCCGGACACAAUAUUUUGCUCCAGGCUGAGGGGAUCCUGCAGACCCACCGAGCCGUGCUGGAAAUGAAGGUGAACCACAAGGGCUAUAAUUAUACUUUUUCCCAUCUGUGUGUGUUGAGAAAUCAGGAUAAGAAAUGCGUGCUGGAUGAUAUAAUUUCAGUACUAGAGGAUCUCAGGCAGGCUGCCGUCUCCAAUAAGACAACAGCCAGGGUGCAAGUGAGGUAUCCCAACACUAAAUUGAAGGAUGGGAGGAGCACCUUUAUUGGACACCAGCUGGGUGGUGUCGAUGUGCCCAACAGCAAAGACCAGCGGGUCAAGUCAGCCAGAGCCAUUCAAAUCACCUACUACCUCCAGACCUAUGGCUCUGCCACCCAAGACCUCAUUGGGGAGAAGUGGGAGAGUGAAUUCUGCAAACUGAUGAGGAAGCUGCAGGAGGAGCACCAGGACUUCCAGCUGUUCUCUCUAGCAUCCUUUAGUCUCUGGAGGGACUUUCAUAAGACUAGCAUCCUGGCCAGGAGCAAGAUCCUGGUGAGCCUCGUGCUGAUCUUGACUACAGCCACCCUCUCCAGCUCAAUGAAAGACUGCCUGCGGAGCAAGCCUUUUCUGGGCCUCCUGGGUGUGCUAACGGUUUGCAUCUCCAGUGUAACUGCGGCAGGGAUAUUCUUCAUUACUGAUGGAAAAUACAAUUCCACUCUCCUGGGGAUUCCUUUCUUCGCAAUGGGUCAUGGAACAAAAGGAGUAUUUGAGCUUCUAUCAGGAUGGAGGAGAACCAGAGAGAACCUGCCCUUCAAAGACAGGGUUGCUGAUGCCUAUUCUGAUGUGAUGGUCACCUAUACCAUGACCAGUUCCUUGUACUUCAUUACGUUUGGUAUGGGUGCCAGCCCUUUCACCAACAUUGAGGCUGUGAAGGUCUUCUGUCAGAAUAUGUGUGUCUCCAUCCUAUUGAACUACUUCUACAUUUUCUCUUUCUUUGGCUCCUGCCUAGUCUUUGCCGGCCAACUAGAACAGAACCGUUACCACAGUAUCUUUUGCUGCAAAAUUCCUUCUGCGGAAUACCUAGAUCGCAAGCCAGUCUGGUUCCAGACGGUGAUGAGUGAUGGGCAUCAACAGACUUCUCAUCAUGAGACCAACCCCUACCAGAACCACUUCAUUCAGCAUUUUCUCCGGGAACAUUACAAUGAAUGGAUCACAAAUAUCUAUGUGAAACCAUUUGUCGUUAUCCUCUAUCUCAUCUACGCUUCCUUUUCCUUUAUGGGCUGUUUGCAGAUCAGCGAUGGCGCCAACAUCAUCAGCCUGCUUGCCAGUGAUUCCCCCAGUGUCUCCUACGCCAUCCUACAGCAAGAAUACUUCAGCAAUUACAGUCCAGUGAUUGGAUUUUAUGUAUAUGAACCCCUUGAGUACUGGAACGGCACGGUCCAGGAAGACUUAAGGAGACUUUGCAGUGGCUUCACCGCUGUGUCGUGGGUUGAACAGUAUUACCAGUUCCUGAAAGUCAGCAACAUCAGUGCAAGUAACAAAAGUGACUUCAUCAGCGUCCUGCAAAAUUCCUUUUUAAAAAAGCCAGAGUACCAGCACUUCCGGAACGAUAUCAUUUUCUCCAAGGCAGGAGAUGAAAGCAAUAUCAUUGCUUCUCGCUUGUAUCUGGUGGCCAGGACUAGCAGAGACAAGCAGAAGGAAGUAAUAGAAGUACUAGAUAAACUGAGACCCCUGUCUCUUGCCAAGAGCAUUCGGUUCAUUGUGUUCAAUCCUUCUUUUGUUUUCAUGGAUCACUAUGGCUUGUCUGUCACCAUGCCUGUUCUGAUCGCUGGCUUUGGGGUCCUUCUGAUGUUAAUUUUAACUUUCUUCUUAGUGAUCCACCCUCUGGGAAACUUCUGGCUAAUUCUCAGUGUCACCUCAAUAGAGUUGGGCGUUCUGGGCUUGAUGACGCUAUGGAACGUAGACAUGGAUUGCAUUUCUAUCUUGUGCCUUAUCUACACUUUAAAUUUUUCCAUUGAUCACUGUGCACCCCUGCUUUACACAUUUGUAUUAGCAACUGAGCACACCCGAACUCAGUGUAUCAAAAGCUCCCUGCAAGAGCAUGGGACAGCCAUUUUGCAAAAUGUUACUUCUUUUCUUAUUGGGUUGGUCCCCCUCCUGUUUGUGCCUUCGAACUUGACCUUCACACUGUUCAAAUGCUUGCUGCUCACCGGGAGUUGCACGCUUCUGCACUGUUUUGUUAUCUUACCUGUUUUCCUAACUUUCUUUCCCCCCUCCAAAAAGCACCACAAGAAAAAGAAACGUGCUAAACGAAAGGAGCGGGAGGAGAUCGAGUGCAUAGAAAUCCAAGAGAAUCCUGAUCACGUCACAACUGUCUGAGAGGCUUAGACAAACUGAAUUACGUUUUUUUUCCUCCAAAUGUCGCACAAAGAUGCAGGAAAGCUCAGACCGCAACUGCUUGGGCUGGCCAAAUGUCACAAGGCAAGCCAGAUUCAGAGUGGAUUAUUCACACACAUCAAAGUGCCAGCUUUUUCUGGGAAGGGGGGAAGUAAUAGUUGAGGUUUUUUUGUUGUUGUUUUGUUUUGUUUUUCCAGAAAAAGUUCUGUUUCGAACUUUAGUCUUCCCUACAGACUGGUUUCUUGAAGAAAUCGUGAGGCUUUGCAAGGGAAUCUGUGAACUAGUCAUAUAUUAAGAUGGAAGGUCAAAGUUAUUUUUGAAGUGAAAAAAGUUAGAAGUAUUUGUGGUGGGGGGAAGAGCAUACAAAAGGCAAGGGGGUGGGAAAUGAAAGAAUUCUCAAAUUUGCCGUGGCACUUUUCAUAUUUGUUUUCUGAACAGAUUGGUCCAAGGAAACCUAUGCACUUGGGAAGUAGAUAUUUAAACAAGUCUAAACCAAAGGACUUCCCAAUUCAUUUUCUGUCUAUGUGUAUAUAUAUAUAUGUUUAUAUGUAUAUAUGUGAUAUAUACAUAUACAUGUAUUUGUAUUUAAUAUAUAUUGUGAUCCAUGUGGAAGAAAGUGCCCAUUUGCAGACUUGCUGGUCAUUUCUGUAACUGUCCACUUUGGCUCUGCCCAAAUACAGAAAACCAGCUAGGGCCAUGUAAAAUCAGCUGAGAGGUCAAUAUACUUUGAAGGGGAAUUAUCAACAAUAUGCUAAGUUACCUCUGACUUGUGAUAAGCAGAAUAAACAAACCAACAAAUGCAUUAGAAAGGAUUUGUGAGGCAAUCAGUCUCUGAAUCCUUACAUCAAAUGUCUUCUGAUGCCAGAUAUAAUCAGUACCCUCUUAGUCAGAGAUCUUGUUAUUUUACUUAUCCCAAAGCAGAGCUAAUAGUCUUAAUGGUUUUUAAUGGUCUUUAAAUGGUUUCUUCCAUCUGGGCAGGGUGAUCUGCCUAUUUGAAAAGAGGAAUAAAAUCUAAAAAUAGGCAGAUUUGCACAUAUGGACCAUAACAUAUUUCUAUGUGUGUAUGUAUGUGUGUGAAUGUAUGUGUACCACAAUUAAGACGUCCUCAUUAUCUGGAUGGUAAAGUUGUUAUGCUAUGGAAUAUAGAUAAUGAAUGUAGGCAAAGAGAGAGAAAACAGGGCAAUACAUGAAAUGAAAUAGAGUAAAAUGGAUCUUCUCCACUCAUUAUGAGCUUGCUAACUAAAUCUUAGCAUAAAAUAUUCUAAUCCCUGUUAAUUCUAGUACGCACCUUGCAUCAACGUGAAUGUGAAAUUAAACCAGGUCACAAUCAGUAUGAUAAUGAUCACUAUACCUAUUCUAGUACCAUCUUGUAGCUUCCUACAAUAGCAUUGUCUUUGUUACCUGUAAAUUGUGUCUCAGAGGGGCUACUUACUUCCUUAAGGGAUCACAGAUCUCCUCAGGCAGUAAAUAACCAUGACUUUUGCCAACUCUUUCUGGGAGAUUCCAUGUAGUGGAGAAGCAUUUUUGGUUAAAGGUGUACAGCUGAUCUCCUUGCUAGCAGACAGAACUGAGUCUGCUUUGUGCUUCCUUGGGUUAGCUCUGCACCUCCAAUAACAAGAAUUACUAGAAGAUGCCUUUUGCCAUACUCCCAGCAGCAAAAUGAUUUCAGUUUUAGGCAGGAAUGAGCAAACUCCAAUCUCAUGUGACAUUCUACAACACUUCCCUUUUCUUGCAUGGAAGAAGGUUGUUGUAUCUAGCUGCUUUUGCAUCUAUAUAUUUUCAUUGGCACGUGCAGCUAAAAACCAAGAGGAGAGCCAUGGAGACUAUUUCAGUAGAUCUCUAUCCUAGUGAAACCUUUUUAAAGGAAGUUGAACACACGAUGCACCAAACAAAAGCAAACAAGAAUGCCAAUCUAUGAGCUGGAAUGGUUUCUCUGGAUUUAAAGUGGAAAGAGAACAUUCUCCAAAAUAAAUAUGUAUCUGUUAAAUGAGGGAGGGGAAGAAGGAAUGCCAAGCAAAAAUUGUUUAAUUAAGGGAGUUUGCUACAUCCUUCCUUGGGUAUAUCCAGUUUAUAAUAAAUGAGCAAUGUCUUCCAGAUCAUGGCUGUACAGGUAUAGAUUAUAUGUCAAGAUUUAGAAAAAAUAGUAUUUAUGGGUAGGGUUAUGUCAUUCAUCGCAUCUGUGGAUUCAUGUCAAAGAUACUUGAGGCCUCAUUAAGAACUAUGACUGUAGGAGGUUGUGUCUGGUACAGACAGAGCCUACACAUCAUAGUUGCGGAUCUGAAAUGCAAGCUCCUGAAGAAUUUCCAUCAGUAUCCCUGAUUUGAGAGGAAAGAGGCCAUUAAUAGUGGACUGACUAACAUUUCCAAAAUCAUCUCCCAUUUUUCUGGCUUAUUUGUAGAAGCUGGGAGAUAACUGCUGAGCUCUUAUUGUCGAGUCAUUUCAGUUGAGUCCAACUCUGUGACCCCAUUUGGGGGUUUUAUUGGCAAAGACUGGAGUGGUUUGCCAUGAAAAGAUAUUAAAUAUCCAACCUCUCUCUUUGGACAAUCUAUCUGCUUCCUUGGAUCACCAUUCAUGUGGCUUCCACCACAAAUUUCAGCAGAAAUUCUAUAUGCAAAGAAGACUAGUAAUCUAAGGAGUAAAGCAUAUCAAUGACUAUCUCCAUUCAGGGUCUAGUUUCCAAUCCAGCCAAAUUCAGCAGAGCAGUUGUCAUAAUAGUCCUCUAUUCAAAAGAGGAAUAAAAGACAGUAAUAGUCUACUUCUAGAGUAUCCUUCCAUAAUUUUACAACCCCAGAACUCUGCCUGAUCCUCUUCCGUUGCUUAAGUCACAACCAGAAUGGCACUUUGGGAGGUACAUUAGCUUUUCCAGAGCAAAGUGGGGCCCCUUAGCACACACUGCAGCAAUAAUUUAUAGAAAUAGCAUCACUUGCUUGGAGAGUUAAGACAGCUCCCUGUGUGUCUUACUCAGUCCUAGGAAGAAACUUAAGCAUCAGGAGGAUCUGACCAAUUAUUUUCUAUCUCCUUUAGGAAAUUGGGAUUUAUGAAAUGACCUACUUUCUGGAUACUUAAAAGGAUUCUAAAACAUGACAAUAUAAUUUUGAGUCAGCUCCUUUCAUUUUGCCACUUUCAGUAGCUUGCAUGGAUGUCUCCUUGUCUUCUCAGGACUGUACUCCAUUUACUUCUCCUUGUCUGACAAAUUCUGUUCGUGCUAAUAACUUUAUGUGAUGCCAAUAUGUCGUCAGUCAUCCUAUGGGAGAAGAAGAAACUAACAGGGAAAUUCUCUUCCUAGUCUACAAAUGUGGUAUGUUCCAGUUAAUCCAGGAAGACAUGGUUCUCAGAGUUUUCAGUUUGUUAUCUGAAAGUAAGAGUUUAUAGUUUGCUAUUUGUUUUUAAUUCACAAGACAUGGGAUAAAAUUCAGUGAAGAAGAAAAAAAGAAAUUCUCUGGGAAUUAACUUGUAUGAGUUAUGAUUUUGUUCCCAUGGUUAUUGCUAUCUCAUUGGGGAAAUACCCAGUGAGUUUUACCACUUAAAAAGUAUGCUUUGGACUUCAAGUUAUUUUCUUCCAUUUAAUUAGAAAAAAUAAUUUAUUUUAAGCAAUUAUUUAGUGAAUAUGUAUGAAAAUUGCUAGAUUUUUAUCAAUUUUAUCUUCCUUUAGCACUCACUAAGACAUACCAAAUUAGUGUUUGUUUCUUAAAGAAUGGUUAAUUUUACUCUCCCAUAAGCUCCUUGAAAAUUGUCUAUGGGCUGCCUAAAAAGAAGGAAAGGUCAGUACUUUUUGUUAUACAUCAGCAAGACCCUAUUGUCCAUUCCCUUGCCUAACUCAUUUUUGUCCUCAAAACCCAGGUAGUAACUUGUGUGGUAGAUAAUAGAAUCAAUUGUAACUAGUGAUGCUCCUAGGUUACUCUAAUAGGGUUGUCAAAGUCAAUCUGUAUAGCCAUUCUUGCACACCAAAUUCAGGAGGCUACAGUGGAAGCUCUGUCCAUUUUGUAAUUACCCAUUGCACUUUCCCAUAAUAAUCUAUUCCUCUAAUGCUUAUGCUUAGAGCUAGAGAUUAACCUUUGCCAUUCAAAACUACUCCUAGGUGUUAUUUUUAUAAACUGUAAGUAAACUAAGUACAUCAACAUGAUUUUUACGACCAAAAUAGUUGUGAAUGCACGACACUAUGCAUGUAUUACUACUGAUACUGCACAGAUUUUACAAGUCACUUUUUCAGGGUUAUUUAUACCUUUUUAAUACUCAUAUCACUCAAUCAUUAUAUUGCAUCAAGAUUCUUGUCCCAAGUACCUUGACUCUCUAAUAUUCUCUAGAAAAAGAAAAAGGACUACCCUUUAUGUUACCCAAUGAUAGAUUAUGACUACUACUACUCCCAAACGGUGUUCCAUUGGAGGGAAAGGAUCUAUGGGAAACUAUGAUAUAUAGAUAUUUUUAGUUAUUUAAAAUGUGAAAUAGAGAGUUAAUAUGGCAGUGUAGACAGAUUAAUAACCCUAAAACUUAGAAAACCUGGGUUUAACAUCUGCCUUUAAAACAUAAUGGCUAUAUGACCGUGGGCAAGUCACUUAAAUUUCUUAGUGCCCAAAGGCAAUUCUCUAGGUGUAUAAAGUAUAGAGAAAGUAUCCAUUUUUAUUGGGCAAAAGAGGUUCUUUAUCAAGAAUUUCACUGUCAAUAAAACCAUAGGUCCAGUCUCAUCUCUAUAUAUCAAAAAAAUUAUCUGAAUCAGUUUUUCCUCAGUUUCAUUUAUUUUUCUCCCAUUUUUCUAGGAUCCCCAUUUAUACUGUCUUUCUCUAUACUCACAAGUUCACAUCAAUGGGAGGCCAGCUUUUAUGGGUCCCAUAAAUUGAUUUUGAGUCUCAACCUGUCUAUGGUCAAUUAGUUAGGGAAUGACUACCCUACAGUAUUCUUGGGGUUUUUCUCAGACUUGAAUAUGGCCUCUUGGGACUUCUGACAGAUUCUGUGAUGAGCCAGAGCAAGUGAGGCAUUUUUUGUGCCAUGUCUGUAAUAAAAAGAUGAACUUAGGAAAUAACACUCUGAAGUUGAGAGUCAAAUAUUACCCUAUGAAAUGAAGGUAUCCAGAUGCUUGGUGUCCCCAUACUCUCCAUCAAAAGUGGUCAAUUGUUCCAAAGUCCUUUGGAAGCCCAUCAGCUCCAUCAAACACAUGUCUGUUUCUCUCCCUGAGUCACCAAAGAAGGAACUGCAAACAUAAGGAGAUUGAUUCAAAACUCAUUAGUUCUGAAUAUCUAUUGAUUUCAAGCCAUCCUUCUUGAAUCUGAACAAGGAAAACACCACCAGACCCACCAUAUCAACAAUCUAAGGCAAUUCUCCCCCAGUAGAGUUCUGCAAGUGAGCUCAGUGGACUGAACACUGACAAAAAAGUUGGUGUUUGUGCUUGUACUUGCCUUCAAAAUAGUUACAACAAAGGCAAUAUCUCAAUUAAAAAUAGCUUCAUACUGGAGGAAGCCAAAGAUCCAUCUUUAUAUCAGAAUCAGUAUGCCUAUGAGCCAAUUCUAGAUAUGAAAUAAUAGACUCCAUAGUUUUAAGACAAAAAGAGGGGAAAAGGGCCUCUGGAAUCAUAUACGUAUAAGUAUAAGACAGUAUAAGAUAACUUAUUUUAUGAACGUGAUUAUUCUCUCUAGUGACACAAAUUGCCAUGAAACCAUGGAUCCUUGAGUUAUUUGGGGGGGGGGAUAUUUUUAGGUGCUCUGGAAAUGUGACUAAGAGAACAGUGGGGUCUAUGAGGAGAGAUCAAGAUUCUAUAGUUGUCUGGACUGCAGACAAACCAGGGCAUGGCCAGAGGGGUGCCUCAACAUGAUUAGUUCCUUAAUGAUGGGAAAUAAUCAUUGUAAAAAACAUCAGCUUAUUUGAAGACUACCUCUGUUGUCAGAUUCCGAAUCUGGUCUCUUUCAGACAGGAUGCUUGCUGGUUGUGUGCAUGUACACACACACACACACACACACACACACACACACACACACACACACACGCACAAACACACAGAGUGGCCAUUGUCAUUUACUAAAAAUGUCUUUGUAAACAUGCUGUCUUUGGGAACCUGCUCUAGAAGGAAAUUAGAAAAUAUUGUCUUGAAUUAUGCUUGGAGAGUUAUUCUGAUAAGGCAAUUUCCACAUAUGUGAAACGAAAUCUAUAAUCUCAUUAUUCCAAUCUCUUCUUAAAUUAUAAGAACAUGCCUCUGGCUUCCUAACAAAAUGGAGGUUUAUUUUGUUUUGUUUUAUUCUUCCUUUUCAUACCUCUUAAAAUCAUUUCAGUUCUGGUAAAAAAAAGAAUUUUGCGAACAAAGAGUAGUAUAAGCAAAAAAAAAAAUCAUUCAAUAACCAUUUUUUAACCUAUCAGGGCAGUUCUAGUAGUUUGAAUAGAAAUAUCUUUUUUUUUUCCUCUAGAUCUUAGGCAAAAGAAAUGGCAAUCGUGUCCCAAAUUAAGAUUGCCCUUUGAGAAUAGCUAUUUUUGUUAACCAGGCAUCAAUUAAUAACCAUUUACUAAGUACCUACUCUGUGCCAUGAAUUGGAAACAUGAAGACAAAAAAUUGAGAGUAAAAUGACAAUGAAAAAUUAUGUAAGAAUUAGAGCUUCUGUUACAUUUGCAUUUGAAAGUUUCUGAGCUGAUUUUCUUCCCAAAGAUAAUAACACUUAUGUUAAUUUUCAUGUCUUAAAACUGGGACUUACAGAAAAAUUAACUUUACCACAGUUGAGCACAUCACAUCUUGGAAACCUAGGAUUUAAAUCUAGGUGAUUUCUGUCAUAAUCACAUUCUUGCAUGGGCAAUAUGAGAAGUGAUUUGUUUUUAAUGUUCUCUUGACUCUCAGACUAUAACUUAAAAGACUAUCAUCAACUGUGUCUAGUAGAUGACAAAGUGGUCUCCUCCCUUCUAAAACUUAUGUGGUGUCCUCUAUUUAAGCACUGAAAGAUUUCCUAGGGUGACUUCAUCACUCCCAGGGUUCUUGCACACAAAGCCUCUGGGAAACCAAUGGAUUAUUAAACUGGAUAUGAACAGCUUCAGAGGAACACUUAGGAAGAACUCAUUGGUUUAUUUUCUAGGAAUAACAAAGAAAGUCUUCCAAUGACAAAAGACAAGUGAACAGUGGUAUAAGUCCGAUGUUCUCUGGUGCUAUAUACAUUAAUCAACUUUGAUUCUUGACCUUAGCAUUCUUCUCUAUGAUGUAAGUGAGCCUUCAAGUUAUCUAGUAUAAGAUAGUUCUCUGAACAGAAAAAAAGAGCCUCAUUUGUUACUUGUGAUUAAUCCUGUUGCAAAUAAAGCAUUCCACAGAGAUAGAGAAGUUCAGUUAGAAAGAUAGAUAGGGCUUCUCCUUCACUGAUUAUACCAGUAUAAUAUACUAGAAUUGUUUUAAAGGGAUAAUUGCAGAAUCAGGUCAAAAUCGGGCUAGAACACUAGAAAAUUUGUUUUAUUUUUUUUAAUAAAAUGUUGGGGUAGAACUACUAAAUACAGAUUUUUUUAAGGUACUAAACUCAUUAUUAAUCUUCCAAAGUCCUAGUGAUUUAAGCAAUGGCUUUAUUGCCUUUUCCUGUUAUUUGUAUGUAAUUGUCAGCAAUAGGCUUUCUAUGCUCUGAAAUAACACAUAGGAAAUCUGUCACUGCCUUAAAAAGGCAGAGAUCUCCUCCAGCUACCUCAGAGGGGCAUUUAAAAAGAAAAUGGCAUGCUGCAUUUGAUUUUUUAAUGGCAAUAUUUCAAAGCAAUAUUAUUUGUCAUUGUCUCACAGACAAAAAAUAUCCCAUUAAUAUUGUUUCAUAACUUCAGAUGAUUUGAAAUUUAAAAAGAAUACACAGGCAUAGACAUCCAGGCCCACAAAUGCAUCAAGUGUGAUGUCCAUCAGCGUAAAACAUGUUUGAGGCAAUUAUAAUAUUGUCUGCACACUAGUAUUAUCUCACAAAGUGCGUAGCGACCAUAUGUUCAUAGAAAAUGCACGUCCACCUCUAGGAAAUGAUCAGAAUGCUAUGUUUAUUCCUGAACUACCUAUGUCAUAGGAUUUUAGAAUUAGAAGGGACUUUAGAGAUAAUUAUUACCUAUAUCAUCUUGGACAAAUCAUUUCCCUACUCUGGGCUUCAGUUAAUUUAUCUAUAAAAUGAAGUGGUAGGAUUAUAGAACUUCUAAAGUCUCUUCCAACUUUGACUGUGAUUUUGAUGAUCCUUCAAUACAAUGCCCACAUUUAAAAAAUAAAGACACUGUGGCUCAGAGAGCGAAGGAGACUCAUCCCAGGUCAUGUAGUUAUGGAAAGGGAGUCAUAAUGUAAACCUUUGCUAGCAUUCACCUCACUGCAGACAUAGUGUUUGUUUUUCUAUAUCACACUUCCUUCUCAUAUAACUUGCCUAACUUGGAGAGGGAAGGAAGUCAGCAGGUCAAUGUUCUCUGAUAUUUUUUUAUGAUCUAAUCUUAUUUUUUUAUGAUCUAAUAAGGACAGAGCUCUUAACCUGGAUGGAUAGGUUACAUUGGAUGCAUGAACUUGUAUUGGAAAACAAAUACAUCUUUCCUUUCACUAACCUGUUUUCUUUUUAAUUGUAUGUAUUUUAUUUUAUGUUUUUUAAAAUAUUGUUCUAAAAAUAAAGUCUAUUGGCUUCAC